UGGAUCGUGCUCGAGCUCCACUUGAGCAGCCUUACGAAGGUCCAUUUGAGGUGCUGAGUCGUAAUGAGAAGACGUCUGUUAUUGUUUGCCGUGGGAGAGAGGUGACUGUUUCGAAUGAUAGGUUGAAGGCGGCGUACUUAACGUGUGAUGAUCUUGAACAGGUUGUUCCAGAAACGCGUCAGCCUUCAGCGCUGUUGAAUGGUGAUCAGUUAGUGACUUCUGGUGAUUGUAGGCGUGAAUCCCUGUUGCCGAUUCCGAAAGUGACACGAGCUGGUAGAGUAGUGCGUUUCCCAGCAAGGUUAGCGGAAUUUCGUGAUUAA